AUAUCUAUCACUCCUAUCACUUCCCGAGCUCUUCGUUUGGCGGCGCUCAGCCGUAACCACAUACACGCCACGCUGAUCAACUGAGAUCAACACCAUGGCAGACUGCAAGAAGUGGCUUCUGCUCGUCGUGGGCCUCACGUCCAUAGUUUCUUCAUCGGAGGCGUACGUCUUCUACGCCGGGGGCCGCGACGGCUGGGUCGUCGACCCCGCCGAGAGCUACAACCACUGGGCCGAGCGCAACCGGUUUCAGAUCAACGACACCAUCGUGUUUGUGCGCGGCGAGGGCGAGGGCGAGGGCGCGGACUCGGUGCUGCUGGUGACCGAGCCGGACUUCGACGCGUGCAACACGCGCAACCCUGUCCGCCGUCUAGAGGACGCCGGGGGCCGCUCGGAGUUCCGGUUCGACCGGUCGGGUGCCUUCUUCUUCAUCAGCAGCGACGAGGACCGGUGCCAGAAGGGCAAGAAGUUGUACAUCGUCGUGAUGGCGGCUCGGCCCCGGGAGUCGGCGCUGGCACCGGCGCCCGGGUCCUCACCGCUUUGGGCAUCGUCGCCGGGGUCCUCACCGCUUUGGGCAUCGUCGCCGGGGUCCUCACCGCUUUGGGCAUCGUCGCCGGAGUACGCGGAGGCCCCGGGCAUGAGCCCUGGUGACGAGGGGAUGUCGCGCAGCGCGCUGCAGGCGCCACCGCCGACGGCGAGCGCGGCACGGUUGGAGUUGGACGUAAUAGCCGUCGGCGUUGUCGUCGGGGUUUUAGGCGCUCUGGUGCUCUGAGAUUAGGAUGCUGUGGGAAUCGGGCCGGACGUUCUGUUCUACUACUUCCGUGCUGUCAUAUAUGGUGUGGUAUGUGUGAUCCACUGCUGGUGUGUUGUUAUAUAGUUCAGUACAGAAUAAAAAGAAGUU